GAGCCCACAGCCCUGCGCUCCCGGCCCCGCCGCCGCACCGCGCCCCGCGGGAGAAGCUAGCGAACCGGGCCCGGCGGCCGAAGCGGCCCGCGAGGCGCAGGGGGCAUGAAGUUGGGCACCCGCGGGCCUCGGAGCCGGGGCGCGGGGGAGCCGGGAGCCGCCCGCAUCUAGAGCCGCGAGGUGCGUGCGCCAUGGAGCUCGGGGGCCCGGGGGCGCCGCGGCUGCUGCCGCCGCUGCUGCUCCUGGGGGCCGGCCUCCUGCGCGCCAGCGGCCACGUGGAGACCCGGGCCCAUGCGGAGGAGCGGCUCCUGAAGAAACUCUUCUCUGGUUAUAACAAGUGGUCCCGGCCCGUGGCCAACAUCUCCGAUGUGGUCCUCGUCCGCUUCGGCCUGUCCAUCGCUCAGCUCAUCGACGUGGACGAGAAGAACCAGAUGAUGACCACGAACGUGUGGGUGAAGCAGGAGUGGCAUGACUACAAGCUGCGCUGGGAUCCAGCUGACUACGAGAACGUCACGUCCAUCCGCAUCCCCUCUGAGCUCAUCUGGAGGCCGGACAUCGUCCUCUACAACAAUGCCGACGGGGACUUUGCCGUGACCCACCUGACCAAGGCCCACCUGUUCCACGACGGGCGCGUGCAGUGGACGCCGCCGGCCAUCUACAAGAGCUCCUGCAGCAUCGACGUCACCUUCUUCCCCUUCGACCAGCAGAACUGCACCAUGAAGUUCGGCUCCUGGACCUAUGACAAGGCCAAGAUCGACCUGGUGAGCAUGCACAGCCGCGUGGACCAGCUGGACUUCUGGGAGAGCGGCGAGUGGGUGAUCGUGGACGCCGUGGGCACCUACAACACCAGGAAGUACGAGUGCUGCGCCGAGGUCUACCCCGACAUCACCUACGCCUUCAUCAUCCGGCGGCUGCCGCUCUUCUACACCGUGAACCUCAUCAUCCCCUGCCUGCUCAUCUCCUGCCUCACCGUGCUGGUGUUCUACCUGCCCUCCGAGUGUGGCGAGAAGGUCACGCUGUGCAUCUCCGUGCUGCUGUCGCUCACCGUCUUCCUGCUGCUCAUCACCGAGAUCAUCCCGUCCACGUCGCUGGUCAUCCCGCUCAUCGGCGAGUACCUGCUGUUCACCAUGAUCUUCGUCACCCUGUCCAUCGUCAUCACCGUCUUCGUGCUCAACGUGCACCACCGCUCGCCGCGCACGCACACCAUGCCCGCCUGGGUGCGCAGGGUCUUCCUGGACAUCGUGCCGCGCCUGCUGCUCAUGAAGCGGCCGUCCGUGGUCAAGGACAACUGCCGGCGGCUCAUCGAAUCCAUGCACAAGAUGGCCAGUGCCCCGCGAUCCUGGCCCGAGCCCGAGGGGGAGCCCCCCGUCAUGAGCGGCACCCGUAGCCGGCACCCACCCUCGCCGCCCUUCUGCGCGCCCCUGGACGCGCCGGCUGAUCCCGGGAGUGCCUGCAAGUCGCCCUCCGACCCCCUCCCCACUCUGCAGCCCCCGGAGGCCGAGAAGGCCGGCCCCCACCCCUCGCCAGGACCCUGCCACUCACCCCACAGCACCCAGGCCCCAGGGCUGGCCAAAGCCAGGUCCCUCAGCGUCCAGCACGUGUCAAGCGCCGGCGAGGCGGCGGAGGGUGUCCUGCGGUGCCGGUCUCGGAGCAUCCAGUACUGCGCUCCGCGAGACGAUGCCGCCCCCGAGGCAGAUGGCCAGGCUCUUGGUGCCCUGGCCUCUCCCAAGGCCCACCCGGCGGAGCUCCCACCUCCAGACCAGGCCUCUCCGUGCAAAUGCACGUGCAGGAAGGAGCCACCUUCCACGUCCCCGAGCGCCACGCUCAAGGCCCGCAGCACCAAAGCGCUGCCCCGGCAUCUGCCCCUGUCGCCAGCCCUGACCCGGGCAGUAGAGGGCGUCCAGUACAUCGCAGACCACCUGAAGGCCGAAGACACAGACUUCUCGGUGAAGGAGGACUGGAAGUACGUGGCCAUGGUGAUCGACCGCAUCUUCCUUUGGAUGUUCAUCAUCGUCUGCCUGCUGGGGACCGUGGGCCUCUUCCUGCCACCCUGGCUGGCCGGCAUGAUCUAGGGCAGGUGGGGGCCUGUGUGGCCUGGGCCUGUGGCACGGGGUCGGCGGCCGUGUGGCUGGCCCAGGGCUGUGCUGGCUCCUCCCGGGACUCUGCGGGGCCAUACGUUCGUCCCUCCUGUGGUGUCUGCUGUUAAGACGGCCGUGGACAGAGAUGCAGCCUCUGGGGAGAUGGAGUGUGGAGCUGCUUCCGGUCGGGCUGUGGCCCCAGGAGGCAGCAGCCUGAAGUGGUGGCGGGGUCAGCACCUCCUCCCUGCAGGACUCGGCCCAAGUCCAGUUCAAGAGUCUCCUGAGCUUCCCUGCAGAUGGAACUCACUACCCCCGGUCUCUCAGGAGACCCAGCCACGGACCUGACUGCCCCAAGGAACCCUCUUCAGCCCGGUCUUCUGGAGGCCUGACGGCGUCUCUCGCCCGCCACGUCCUGCGCCUGUGUGACCUCAGCCUCUGCCCCAGGGCCCUUGGGCCUCUCUGGUCCCAUAAGGGUGAGCCACUGGCGCUCCAGUCUUCUUUGCUAGGAGUGGGUCCAGGCAGGGAUUGUGUUCUGCUGUGUUUUGGGUAAGUUACCAAGAACCCGAGUGUUGUGCCCAAGGAGCCUUGGAGAACAGAGUUUUGUGGAGCUGGUCCCGCUGCGGGGAGCUGGACGGCAGGGUUCUGAGGAGACAGGAACACCCAACCCCAGAGAGCCCUGAGACCCGGGCUCUGCCUUCCAGCGUGGGGCCAGGCUCGGUGACAGGUGUCCUGGGCUCCAUGGGAUCUCGUGGCUCCCAUCCCUGUGGAAACUUGUGUGCUCUGAUUUCCCUGGGCUGAAAGGGUCCCCAGUGGAGCCCAGACCCAGGCUCUGGUUCCCUGGGGACCCCGAGGGUUUCCGCCUGGGUCCACAGCCAGGAAGAUCCACCCUGGGCUCCAGGUUUGGGAAGGACUCCCUGUCACAGUAGCUGUGAGGAGCUGGUGGGGGCAUCCCUGAGGACCUUCACCCGGCGGGUGCCAGGACCUGUGGAGCAGGAAGCCCCUGAGAACCCUUGUGGGGCUUCCAGACAGGCCUGUCCCCUCUGUCCUGGCAGGGCGGGCAGAGCUAAGGCCAUGCCCACAGAUGGGGGAGGCCUGAGGUGCUUCCGGCCAUGACCCUGGAGCCCUGCAGUGCACCCCCUAGGGAUGGCACACUGGCAGCCCCGUGUCCCCAGGUGCCCUGGGAAAAUGUACUUCCCCUGAGGGUGGGCACAGGUUGCCCCACCCCACCGUGAUCCCAAGGACUCAGAGGGGUGGGGCCAGGACAGCGUGUCCCCUGCCCAAGAGUGGCACUGGUUUGGGAGGAGGGCAGUCAGAGGAAGCCUCCCGCUGAGUGGUCCAGAUUCCGCCGCCCCAGACCCCAUCCAGCCCUGGUGGGGCUGCAGUCGGGGCCUUCGUCCUGCCGCGUCUCCUCCCUCUGUCCCCGAGCCGAGCUCUCCUGGGGCAGGGCCUUGUCAGGAGGUGCCUAAGAACAGAAUAAAUAAUUCAGUGAGGCUUGGAGCUCGGCAUGCUGAGUGCCCAGGAAAUGCCGCCACAUCCCCAAGGGCAGUGACGUGAAUGGGGAGGAGACUGGGGCCCAUAUGCCCACAUCUGCCUCUGCACUGCAGCUGGUCAUCCCCACCCCCAGGCGCCUGUGACCGGGCUGCUGAGUCUGGGGCUCUUGUGCCAGGAGUGGGAUGCAGAGAUCCUCAUGCUGAGUCCUGGGCAUCCUCAGCCCCCCGGCCCUUCCUGGGUCCCCUGGGCAUUCAGGGCCCCCAUCUGCCAGGCUCUGACUUCCCCCUACUCCACCAUUAGGCCCUGCUGCCCCUCGGCCAGAGCUCCUAGGGUGCAGGGAGACCCCAGGCGAGGGAGGUCAUCCAGGGGCCUUGGAAGCUGGCAGGAGACACAGGUCUCCGAGGAGGGAGGGGAUGCAGAUUCGGAUGUAAGAUGCCCAAUCCGAGUUGCAUAAGCAGAUCCAGCUGCCAGAUGUGUGGGCAGCUGUGGGGAGUGGCCCUGGGGUGCUGGGCCCAGCUGCGGAUGUUCUUUUCUGGGUCAGGGUGACUUUGGAGUGGCUGUGACGCUCCUGCCGGGGGCCCUCCUGCUGGGGGCGGCACUUGCCUGGGGGAAGACCCCUUUCACUUUAUUCUUCUUUUCUGAGGCUCAAAAAAAAAAGAAAAGAAAUCCAAAUAAAGCACCAUGUUCCCACCACGGCAAAUCAACCUCAACAACAAUGUUGCUGUAUUUGCUUCCAGUGGUGUUUUUUUAAAUUAAGGUAAAAUUUACGUAUGGCGAGAUGCAUGCUCUUCCGCAGAGACCCCAGCCCUUCCUGUCGGCGUCCCCUCCCCAUCUGUGGCUCUGACUUAAGCAUGGCGGAUGGGCCUCUCCGGCUCCCGACCGUCACGGAGAUGGAACCCUGCUUCCGAGCGUUUGACGUCCUGCUUCUUCGUCGUGUGACUUGGUGUCGUGUGUGUCGUAGCUCAUUGCUCUUUGUUCCUUUGUUCUUCUGUCUGAAUAAACUGAGGCAGUGUGUCCA